AUAGCCCCUCUUCCCUCCCCUCCAUCUUCACUCUCUCUCUGUUUUCCUCUCUUUAUCGCCCCUAACAACACAUCGGACCUUUUCGCCGCUGCAACUCACUGAAUAACUUCCGCCCAUAUCCCCAUCUUUUUUUACUUUUUUUCGAUUCUAACCGUCAUCGAUGUUGCCUCUCCUCGUCCUCUCUCUUCUCUGUUAUACUCUCCCCCAACAUUCCCUGCUAGAAGCCGACCCCCCUGUCCGAGUCUUCUUUGUCGAUUGAAUAGAAUCUUCUUCGCCAAAAAUCAAGUAAAUGCUGCAGUCCCUAGUCAUUACUAUUGAAUAAAAACAAUCGGGGAGGGAAAUUACUAGAACCUCUGUUGCAACAUCUGCAUUAAGGCCUACAUCCGCCUACAUCCGAUUCAGGUUUUUCCCAUUGAAGGCAAGUUCUCAGUGGCUGAAAUCGUUUGACCCCCUUGUUUCGUCGAUCAUUUUCAGGCCAACAUCCAAGUUCUCAGGUCAAUCAUUUGUUUAAUUGCGGGAGUGGUUGGAACACUAGAUAGCAAGACACAGUUGUAUUUGCAGUGGUGUUUGAAUAUUCAUUUUUUGCCGCUGAACUCAUUCUUCGGAGAAUGAAAUUUGAGCCAUGGAAAAAAUCUGUGGGUGCCCCAUCCUUUCUUUCUUUUCGUUCGAGCUCAAGUCCUCUCGAGUUUCAGUUAACCCUCGUCCCUCUCCUCUCUCUGAUCGACUCUCUCUCUUUUUCUCACUAAGGUAACGGUGAGAUCGAUCUCGACCUGUUGAAGUCCUAAAGCCAAGAAACGAUCCAAAGAGUUCAAAUCCAAGGUUGACCACCAAUAUCAUCCCUAUAAGCAUUAAAAGAAAGCAGCAUCGAUUAAGAUGGAAACAUAAUCUUAGUUUGAGAGCUUAAGUUGUAAAAAUGGCGACAGGAAAACCCUUAAAGAAGCUGAUUUCAUGUGUCAUCCUAGAUUUGGAUGGUACACUGCUUAAUACAGAUGGCAUAGUGAGCAAAGUGUUGAAAGUAUUUUUGGUUAAGUAUGGCAAACAGUGGGAUGGGAGAGAAGCUCAUAAAAUGCUAGGAAAGACACCUUUGGAUGCUGCAGCUGCUGUUGUGGAAGACUAUGGGCUACCUUGCACACCAGAAGAACUUAUUACAGAAAUUAAUCCAUUGUUCUCUGAUCAAUGGUGCAAAAUCAAACCUCUUCCAGGGGCCAAUCGGAUAAUUAAACAUUUGAAGGUUAAUGGUGUGGUGAUGGCAUUGGCUUCAAACUCCCCAAGGGAAAGCAUAGAAUUGAAAAUAUCUCAUCAACCAGGUUGGAAAGAAUCCUUUUCUGCCAUCGUUAGUGGUGACGAAGUGAGAAUGGGGAAACCAUCUCCCGAAAUAUUCCUUGAAGCUGCUAAAAGGUUGAAUGUUGAACCUUCCAGUUGCUUGGUAAUUGAAGAUUCACUACCUGGUGUUAUGGCUGGUAAGGCUGCUGGAAUGGAAGUGGUUGCUGUUCCAUCCCUUCCAAAACAAUCCCAUCUUUAUACUUCUGCCGAUGAGGUGAUCAACUCUCUGGUCGAUCUACAACCAGAGAAGUGGAGCCUGCCACCAUUUCAAGAUUGUAUUCCCCCUAGGGUUGAGAGUACUUUACCAAUUGAAGCUUGGUAUAUUGGAGGUCCUGUCAUUAAGGGAUUUGGUCGUGGCUCAAAGGUGCUUGGAAUACCUACAGCUAACCUGUCCACUGAAGGCUAUUCAGAAGUUCUAUCAGAACACCCAUCAGGUGUAUAUUUUGGUUGGGCUGGACUAUCAACGCGGGGCAUCUACAAGAUGGUCAUGAGUAUUGGUUGGAACCCAUACUUCAAUAACACUGAGAAGACUAUAGAACCAUGGUUGCUUCAUGACUUUGAUGAGGAUUUCUAUGGAGAGGAGUUACAUCUUGUUAUUGUUGGAUAUAUACGACCAGAGGCUAAUUUCCCUUCCCUAGAGAGCCUGAUAGAAAAGAUUCACGAAGACAGGAAGAUCGCAGAAAAGGCUCUUGAUCUUCCCUUAUAUGUUGGCUACAGGAAUGAUCAGUACUUGAGGACCUCUUAAUACUCAUGGCUACAGUAAGGUUUCAUACAUCAUAAGCACUUACUGAAAUAAUUGAUGAAAAACUUUUUCUAGCGCCUUCGGAGUUCUCUAUUUUUAAUUUUCAAUAAGGAGAUGUUGCCAUUACCGAAACAAACGUAAGGAUGCUUCAUAUUCUGUUUUCUUUGUGCAUUGGAAUGAUAAGAACUCUUGGUAGAGACUCAA